UAUGGACAACUCGACAGACAAAAAUAUUUUGACGUUUAGAAAGAAUUUAUACUUAUAAUUGACUCUUGAAUUUUAUUUAUAUAUUAUACUUUGUUUACCUAAUAUAUACCUAGCUACUAUUAUUGACUUAAUCGGUGAAAUAACACACCUUUAUGAAGACAUAAACCAGUUUAAUACUCUCACACGAAGAUUGGAAAGCUUCAGUAAUUGUCAAUUUUGCUUACAACAUUUUAAACGGCCGAGCUACAAGACUGUACUAGUAUUUAUAAUCCCUAAGUAUAGAUAAGACGGUCGGCAAACUGUGAAGCCUUACAAACGUAAACCUAUCCAGUUUACGUUACAACAUUGGACGAAGAACUACGGUUUGGGUUGUGACAAACAAAUAAUUAAAACUACGUGUUACAAUAUCACAAUAAUUUUAAUAAAUAUGUUGAAAAUUCGAAAAAUUUCUCUUGUGAAGAAGAUCGCGAUAGUUUUUGUCACAGCAUGUGUUGUUUACAAAAUAAUUAAUUGCAAUUUGUUAUACAAAAGCGGUGAUGUUGUAAAAGUUGAUAUAGACUAUGUUGCCGUGCAUUUUGAUUUGAAAGGAUCUCCGCCGUUAAUAAGUUACAUGAUAACUCUGCUGUCUACCUUUAAGAAGUAUGGCGUGAACUCUAUUUUGAUUGAAUAUGAAGAUAUGUUUCCUUAUGAAGGAAUGCUUGCUAAUUUAAGCUCAGAAAUAGCUUAUACUAAACAUGAGCUCACCGAAUUUCUACUGGAAGCUAAGAAAUUGGACAUCGAAAUAAUACCUUUGGUGCAAACGUUUGGCCACAUGGAGUUUGUGCUGAAAUUAAAGGAAUUCUACCGGAACAGAGAGCUACCCUACGGCCCCGCUGAGUUAUGCCCCAGUCAGCCUAGCAGCUUGAAUUUAAUACGUAAUAUGUUAAGCCAGGUCAUUACCUUCCACAACGCCAUUCAACCGCUAAAACACAUACACAUCGGAUGUGAUGAGGUCUACACAAUAAAUGUUUGUUCUAAAUGCACAGUAAGAAAUUUGAAAUCCCAUGAAAUAUACUACCGUCAUCUGAUAAACGUGAAAGAUAUAGUCCAGGAUAUACGACCGCGAACAAAAGUCCUGUUCUGGUCCGAGAUAUAUUCACAGAAACAUAUCAACCUGAAAUAUGAGCUACAGAGUGUAAAAGACAAAUUGAGUGACUUGCAGCCCGUGGACUGGGAAUAUAAUGAAAAUGUGUACACUGCCCGUUUAUACAAGACUCAUGAAAUUUUUGACAACAUGUGGGUAGCAUCAGCUUUUAAAGGCGCUGAUGGCAUUAUUGCGAAGACACCAGAUAUGAUGAAACGAUACUUAAAUCACAUCCAUUGGCUGAAGCAAGUCCUAAUGUAUAGGCCGCCAAGAUAUGGCGUGAAAAUCAAAGGGAUUAUUUUGACUGGAUGGUCAAGAUACAGCCAUUUUGCUCGCCAGUGUGAACUAUUACCAUUUGCCAUGCCAAGUCUGAUAUUAAAUUUAAUGUUGAUUCAAUUGUUUCGUGAAGGCAUAAACUGGGGUAUUCUAAACAAUCAUACGCAUUGCGAGUUAUAUGACUUAUUGUUAAAGAAAGAUUUCGAAAAAGUUUAUGUUAAUCGAUACAGCAAUUUGGAAUGUUCCUUUCGGAAUGUUACGGUAUAUGAAUUCCGUUUUCCUAAUUAUCAAGGUUGUUUGUCGAAGCUAAACGAUAUUAAAACAGAUUUUGAGGUUAACUCAAUGACAAAUGUUCACGAUUUUUCAAAUACGGUGCAAGAAUGUAAUAAUGAGUUGAGUAAAGGCGUUGUGCUAUCAGACAAGUUAAGACCGGUACUGUCAGAGUUCUAUCGUAAAGAAGUGAUUGAUAAUUAUUUAAAUGAAAAUGUCAAUGUGUACGAUACGCUGGUAGGCGAUGAAAUAAGCGAAUUAAUGCAGAAAGUUGUAGUGUUUUACGCUCUGCCCAAACGGUCUUUUGGUCCGUUGCCGAAUUUAAAAUAUGGAGCGUAAAGAAAGGUUGUGUAUAUGGGAUUGAAACUUAAAAUGUACUGACUGUAAAAAUGUAAAUUGGUCCUCCCCC